AUGGCAGGAUUUUCACUGCAAUACCCAUCGGAUCGUGAACUGACUGGCGGCGAUUUGUUGGCUCAGUCCCUGAAACAGGUCGGUGUCGAGGUCGCCUUUGGACUCCAUGGUGGACAUCUCGAUGCAUUCCUCAUGGGAUGCGAGUCCAUCGGCAUUCGCCUCGUCGACACCAGACAUGAAACCGUCGCCGUGCAGGCAGCUGAGGGUUAUUCUCGAAUCAGCAUGAAGCUGGGUGUUUGCUUUGUUACUGCCAAUAGCGGCUUCUCCAACGGGAUUCCCGGAUUGGCUACGGCAUACAGCGAUCGAAGUCCCAUCCUCUGUAUAACAUCAUCUCCACCACUGCGGGAUACAGAGAACAACUCACUCCAAGGAUCCAUCGAUCAAGUUGUCGCUGCUCGGCCUUUCACAAAAUUCGCGCAUAGAGUUGUGACACCUGAGGAGUGUCCAAGGAUUCCAGUUAUUCGCGAGACUAAUAACUAUCCAUCAGGGCCUGUGCUGCUCGAUUUCCCUAUCGAUGUGCUGUUCUCGCCAGUUCAUGCCAAGCUCAUAGCCUGGGGGUCGAUCGCCUCGCCGCCCAUGUUUCGUCCGGGUCCUCAUGUAGAAGCUAUCAAGGUGGCCGUCGAGCUUCUAGCCACUUCCAAACGACCGGUGAUUAUAACCGGGACUGGUGCAAAGCAUCCACAUACACGAGAAGUGAUUAACCAGUUUGCCGAAACUUGCAAUAUUCCCAUUUUCAACACAUCCAAAUACGCAUCGUUCACCUCCAAGUCAGCUAUGCUUAGCAAGGGCACAGCUGGAAGUCUGGCGAAACUGUCAUUGCUACAAAUCCCAAACCCUGACCUCGUCAUCCUUUUGGGUGCCCGUACAGGAAUGUUCCUAGGCGGCCGAAGUGGCGCUAUAAUUCCAAACGAAGGCUGCAAGCUGCUGCAAGUCGACUGUGAUGGUAGCGAGAUCGGUCGGACCCUCCCAGUUGAUCUAGGUAUUAUCUCGGAUGUCGAUGCAUUUGUGAGUGCGAUGAACAAGCAGGUUACAGAUGCCUUCCAGAGCGUGGUCGACAAACCUUGGGUCCAGUCACUUCUCAGCCUUGAUUCCCUAGAGCCACCGUUUGAGAAAGAACCCACAGAAAAUGCAUCAGGGAUCCUCCACCCAUACCAUGCAAUGAAGGAGGUCAUGUCCGCCAUCGAGCCUGGAAGUAUUAUAGUUCUGGAUGGUGGUGAAGCCUCUGCGUGGGCAGGAGACCUUGCCUUGCACUCUAAGCCUAGUGUUGUCCUUGCAUCCACGGGAUAUCUUGGGUUUUUGGGUAAUGGAUUUGGGUAUUCGCUAGGCUGUGCCAUAGCGGAUCCUGAUCGCAAGGUCAUCAACAUACAAGGAGACGGGUCUGCUGGGUUUCAUUUGAUGGAGCUUGACACGUACAAGAGGUUCAACCUGGAUAUCAUGACUGUUGUUGUAAACAACUCGAGUUGGGGUAUGAGCUUCAACGGUCAGGAUAUCAUCUAUGGGUCCACGAACCCAGGUCGUCCCAUCAGUGCUCUCAGCUCGGCAACCGAGUAUGAUGUGGUGGCUAAAGGACUGCAGAAUUCAGCCGCGAGGGUCUCACGUCUCUCGGAGAUUCGAAGCACAGUUACCAAUCUCCAGAGUCAGGUUGGACCCAGCCUUCUGAACCUGAUUGUGGAUCGGAAACCUGUUCAUCCUAUUACCACUGCAAUGGUUGGAUUGACGGAUGAUCCUCACUCAAUUGUGGUGCCGUAUUAUGAUAAUAUCCCGCGAGCAUACUAUAACCUAUAG